AUGACGGUCGGCACUGAAAAGGACAGUGGCAUUCCUACCAAGAAGGCACGAAGCGAUGACGAUGAGAAUUUGCUUCAUAGGGUCGUAGAAGUGCCUCAGUGGACGAACGCUAAAAUGGAGGUCGUCACGGAGGAGCCUCUGAACCCCAUUAAGCAGGACAUGAAGCACUGCAAGCCACGGUACGUGGCCAACCUCUUUCCUCACAAGGGUUACAUAUGGAAUUACGGCGCCCUCCCUCAGCAUCUUUUGCAGGUCGCCAAGCAGGGGGCAGAAUGGAGAACGCCCUUCCGUCUCCUCCUCAUACUGUGUCUGCUACGAGCUGCAAGUACACUGAACAGCCCAAGGCUGGUGUCUGGAGAGCUUGGAGGAGCUGUGACCAUCCAGUGCCAUUACGCCCCCCUGUCCAUCAACAGGCACCAGAGGAAGUACUGGUGCCGCGUGGGGCCUCCAAUGUGGACCUGCCACACUAUCGUGUCCACCAACCACUACACCCACCGUGACUACCGUGGCCGUGCAGCUCUAGCAGACUUCCCACAGAGCAGCUUGUUUGUGGUGAGGCUGUCCCAACUGUCCAUGGAAGACGGGGGACACUACCGCUGCGGCAUUGGGGACAGCAACAACAGGCUGUUCUCCAGCGUGAAUCUGACUGUCUCUGCAGUGCUUUUCCAGAAGAUGAAAGCGGCUCAUGGGCCCUGGCUCCAGUCUCCGCCAUGCUGGCUCCGUUUCUGUUUGUGGCUCUGCUCCUGUGGCAAAGGCGGCUCUGGAGGAGGAGGAGGAGGAGAAGGAGCUGUGAGUGAGUUUACAUAGCUCCAAGGCUGGGGAAAGGUGUGCUAGG